AUGUUGUACGUGGGAUGCACGAGCACUUACAUGCAAAGGGGCAACACUAUGAGCGGCCCACUUCGUACAUGUACUUCCCGCACCGCAGGUGGCGGCAACAGCUACGCACAAUUCUCACAGGCUACAGACGGGUUCUUGCUAGCAACCACAACGGGGGUAAGCAAUCUAGCAGAAGGCUUGAGUAUGCGAGACGAGAUCAAGUUCGUAAAGAUACUGAUGCGGAAUAUCAGGUCUAACCAAGCCAGCACAAGUACAAAUAUAAAGGAAUCCAGAGUACGCAUGCAGAUACUCCUGCGGUGCGGCUCUCAGCAUCUGGAGAAGACCAACGGAAAGCUCCAGCUAAUUUACCGUACUCCGCAUCGUAACCUAUUCGUACGGAUAGAAGCUCAUGCUUUGGAAAUGAAGCGAAGGUUUCCCGUCAGCAACCAUCGAAACAAGCCAGGGCCCGCCAGCAUAACGAACAAGGAGACGCCCCGUCGCAAGCAAUUUGCUUCUGACUGCGAAUACUCUUUGCUAUGCAACGCACAACCUCCAUAUAGGGAGUGCGGAUACCCCGAGCACCACGAUUUUUUGCAGCUCAUGUUGCUUUUCCAUUCCAUUUACGCAUUGAUCUCGAGAUUUGCCAGGGAGCACUCAAUUACCAUAGAUGAUGCGCCCAUGCCCGUGGCCCUAGGCUGCUUUGCUGGGCUUUUGCAAAAAUCGAACAAGCCUGUUCACAGACGAUGCAUCCAAGCACCACACCAGGUCAUCGCUCAAUUUCUCGAUGCUGAAGUAAGCACACUGGGUCAAGGUUGGUCAGAAGAUCAGAUCAUGUCCGACUGGAUGUUGAGCGGCAUCGAACAAGAUUGCAGGACAACGGCAAAGGUGGAGUACCACGCCGCCGCAGCCGUUGCUUCUCAUUCGCUGCUCUUAUCAUUGCUGGCGCUCAUCGGCAUCAGCACCGUUGGCGGCAAAGACAAUUACCAAGACGCUUCGCAGGCAAUGACCUUGGCCGAGAAGGUCUGGAUGGAAGUAGGAGCCAACGGCUCGCACCUACUGCAGGCGCGAGGCAAAGCCCAGGCCAGUCUCAACCGCCGAUGCUUCAACGCGUACGGGAAAUUUACUUGGGCAUGGAAACGCUUGCGGUCACCACUACCACCUGGAGCUUGGAGGAAGGGGAUUCUUUUGUCUCAACCUGCAGAGCUGGACGACAGAGUUCAGACAUGCAUGGCUCUGGCAGUUGUCUCGCUCAUCCGCUCUUGCGAGCUUGGUGUGCCAAAGGCUCAAGCUGUCCGUCAAGUUCCCAUCAUCCUCAACAGACUUUCGGCAGCUUCCAGCUACAUCUUCUCCACGACCUCCGCGGGAAUUAUGAAAGAUUUCCGACUACACCCCGGUCCCUGUCCCCGACAUCUCAUGGGCAGACUUCCUGGAUCCCAGUCGCCAAAUCUUUUCUCCUUUCGCGGCUUUCCUGCACUGACAGAAACCCCAUCCGCAAUGCGAGUCUAUCUCUGCUCAUAUGGGCUGUUUGAAGGACUUGACGGGCCAUCAAUCAACUCGACUAGUCAUUCCAUCGAACAAAACAUCUCGAUGUACGGAUACAUAUUCACUAUCAAGCCCCAAGGGUACGGAGCACUCGCCGUCCUCCCCCACGAGUGUGACCCGAUUUGGCAGGGCAUCCCCUUCGGAACCUCAGUACUCGAUGACGCGGGCAUAUCGGUCUUCCGCAACGUAUCAGAACAGUCAAGCCGGGCCACAUCUACAGAGACGGCAUUGCUUAGCAAUUCCAUGUGCAGAGUAGCAAGCCUGUGCGGGUUAGCUCGAGCCUUGGAUAUGCUAACCUCCGAUCUGAUGCUUGUCAAGAGACUUUAUCACACCGAACAACAGCAGUGGCGACAAAUAUGGCACCUGCAUUGCUGCUCGAUGAGCCGUGUCUCGGCACUCAGUAUCGUGUCCGGCGGAAGGCUCUACUCCGUACACUAUCCGUCCGCUCGAUGCCGUGCCGAAGCAGAGUGCGAUGAGCUUCCACGGACCACAUGUCCCACCCUUCUCCCUCAUCAAUCGGGCUUCUGGGCCCGUGAUUGCCCUUUGAGCAACUUCCUUGCGCCUAGGGCCGAGUUCUUCUCGAAUUGUUCGGUUCCCAUGCGGGUAUCGAGCCCAUGGGUCUUCUCUUUUGUCGGCUGUUUCAAUCUCACCUGGCCCCCAAGCCUCAGCCCAGCACGGUUUGCAAUACCUAUUGAUGAUCGGUCCAUCCGUCGAAGGGCUGAUACGGUGAUACCUUCACAGAGGCGCGACCGGCUGCAUGAGAGGGCUUCCUUUUUCCUCAUCUCGGUCAACUGGGAUGGCUUCAAUCCAUCAUUUCUUCUGAUGCAGUGCGGGGGAGCAAUAGCGAGCCAUUAUUGUCUCGCGGCACGGACCCGUCAAGCCUGUGUCAAUUUGCACGAUAGUGUCCCUGGAUCGCUGGAUCUGAAUGAUGGAUCUGGCAGCACAACGCAAUACGAUGUCCUAUCGACGCAAGGACGACGAGCUCUUCCCAACAGUCAGUGUCAGUAUAAGGAACAACGACUUGACGCCUCCUCCAAGGCCAAAUCCAUGAUCUCUGCGGAUGUCCUGGCAGCAUCGCUGAAGAUCAGACGCAUUCUUGAUCGCUUCGGGUGGGAUAUUCAGGGUCUGAUCCAUGAAAGCCGCCAUGGCGUAUCCUCGAUGGCCUAUACUACAACUAUUGCUAUGCAAAACAGCCCGAGAUUCCAAAACGUAGCAGAAGCCUCUGCUUCGGAAAUCUCGAACAUGGGGUGUUUGGCCAACGUUUUCCGCAUGGCGGGAAGUGGAAAUUAUCGAGAGUUUUCGCCGAUUGCCUCACCAGUUGCGCGGCCCCCCGUUUUCGCCCACAGACUGGCGCAAGCAAGCCACGAACGACAGUGCCAGAUCAGGAGGCCCGCUCUCGGUCAUGGAGCGAAACAAGUGGCUCUCGAGAGUCGAAGGACUCACUUACAGUCUUGCACAGCAUCUUCUGUUGCCCCACGAUCGAGGGUUGUGGAGUCUAGCGGCAGAAUGACGGGCGACGAUCAUUUUACCAGAGACAGACCGUCUCUAUCUCGUUGUCCGUUCUGGCGGGCCCUGUGCGACAACCGCGACGAAUCGCAGCGCCAAUUGAUCGUGAAAAAGGCAAUGCAAGUACUUCGAUCAAGUUCUAGCUGCAGCAGACGGCGCACCACGAGCGCUGCAAGCAAUGCAGACGCUGCAGGUCAAAAGGCAAUGGCGCGAAGCACUCCCGAUGAGGCCACACUGGCCGGCCCAUCGGUGAUAUCUUGCAGGACCCAUUCUCCUCCACCCAUGAUGGACCACGCAUCAGUUGCGUGUAUCCUGCCGAGGCCGGGAGGCCAAGACGUCUUCCGCGAGCGAUUAGCGAGGUUCACACAGCACCUCGAGGCGGCCAGAUUCCUCAAAGAGACCAAGAAGACAGGUAUCCCAGUCCAAUGGCCCGCCAUUCUAGGCAGUCCCAACUUCACCGAACCCACUGGAUAUAGCUCACAGCCUCCUGCUCAGUUCCAACUUGGAAAGAGACGACACUAUGGCUGUACCGACCGCUUCCACUACCGAGGCGACCUUCCUGGCCGAGACACCAAACGAGACUUGACAAAGGCAUUCACUUCGCAAUGUGACUCUGUAGAUGGAGCAUUGCCGCUGGCUCUUCUCUUGAAGUUUGUAUCUGUAUCCGUACCCAUCCCUGUUUUCGGGGCCUUCAUGUUCACACCGGCACCAUCACUCGUCCGAGCCAAGCCGGGUAGUGGCUAUCAUAUCCCAGACGGCCGCAAAAGACGGGCCCUUCGGUCCACUCCCCACGCCGUGCAACAGUAUCGACAGUACCGAGGGCUUUCCUACAAUACUCUCUCCGAGAUUGGUCCACGGAAACAAACAGGUACUGUGGCAAGUUGCGCUGAGCUCUUCCUUACUUGCGGUAAAGAGAGGGGGAGGACAUGUGCCACCGCCCGACCGAAUGGACGGGAUGCGGCGUCGCACAUGGCUCGCGGGACGCUAUUCCACGCGAUCUUUCCCGAGCGUUGGGCUGUUUGGCCCGGGUCUCCGAAGGAGAUCGCGUCGUCUGAUGGGCGGGCAUGCGAGUGGGUUGCGCGACUAUCGGUCAUCUGGCCUCCGAGAUAUCUCCACCAUCGGGCCCGAGGCCGUGGUGUGUCUCCGCAUGAGUGUCUCCUUGUGUCCCUUGCCAUGUUGACCUUGGGACGGUUCUGGGCUUGUGGCAUACCAGCCAAGUAG